GUGGCCUCCGUCUGGGGCGGCCAUACAGGCCAUGGCCGUGGGGUGGGCAACUGGUCCUUAGUGAUCCUGACCACCUGCCUGCUGAGCAGACAGAGCCCCCGGCUGUGCCUGUGUUCUCGGCUGGCCUCAUGCACAUGGAAUGGUGCUGUGCCCCGUGCCAGCAGGCUGGGCUCACCAUGUUGCCAGGUGCCAUCCUGGCGCGAGGGAGAGAUGUGUGCCGGCGGAACGGACUGCUCAUCCUGUCUGUGCUGUCUGUGAUCGUAGGCUGCCUCCUUGGCUUUUUCUUGAGAACUCGACGCCUCUCGCCACAGGAGAUUAGUUACUUCCAGUUCCCUGGAGAGCUCCUGAUGAGGAUGUUGAAGAUGCUGAUCCUUCCACUGGUGGUCUCCAGCUUGAUGUCUGGCCUUGCCUCCCUGGAUGCCAAGACCUCCAGCCGCCUGGGUAUCCUCACCGUGGCCUACUACUUGUGGACCACCUUUGUGGCAGUCAUUGUGGGCAUCAUCAUGGUCACUGUCAUCCACCCGGGCGGUGCUGCCCAGAAGGAGACCACGGAGCAGAGUGGGAAGCCCAUCAUGAGCUCGGCCGAUGCCCUGCUGGACCUCAUCCGAAACAUGUUCCCAGCCAACCUGGUGGAGGCCACAUUCCAACAGUACCGCACCAAGACCACCGCCAUUGUCAAGUCCCCCAAGGUGGCACCAGAAGAGGCCACUCCUCGGCAGAUCCUCAUCUAUGGGGUCCAGGAAGAGAACAGCUCUCACAUGCAGAACUUUGCCCUGGACCUGACCCCACCGCCUGAGGUCAUUUACAAGUCAGAGCCUGACACCAGUGAUGGCAUGAACGUCCUGGGCAUCGUCAUCUUCUCUGCCACCAUGGGCAUCAUGCUGGGCCGCAUGGGUGACAGUGGGACCCCACUGGUCAGCUUCUGCCAGUGCCUCAAUGAGUCCGUCAUGAAGAUCGUGGCUGUGGCUGUGUGGUACUUCCCCUUUGGCAUUGUGUUCCUCAUCGCUGGCAAGAUCCUGGAGAUGGACGACCCCACGGCCGUCAGGAAGAAGCUGGGCUUCUACACGGUCACUGUGGUGUGCGGGCUUGUGGUCCACGGCCUCUUCAUCCUGCCCCUGCUCUACUUCUUCAUCACCAAAAAGAACCCCAUCAUCUUCAUCCGUGGCAUCCUCCAAGCCCUGCUCAUUGCGCUGGCUACCUCCUCCAGCUCAGCCACACUGCCCAUCACCUUCAAGUGCCUGCUGGAGAACAACCACAUCGACCGGCGUAUCGCCCGCUUCGUGCUGCCUGUGGGUGCUACCAUCAACAUGGACGGCACCGCGCUCUACGAGGCUGUGGCGGCCAUCUUCAUUGCCCAGGUCAACAACUAUGAUCUGGACUUCGGCCAGAUCAUCACCAUCAGCAUCACAGCGACUGCGGCCAGCAUUGGGGCAGCCGGCAUCCCCCAGGCUGGGCUCGUCACCAUGGUCAUCGUGCUCACCUCCGUGGGACUGCCCACUGACGACAUCACCCUCAUUGUUGCUGUCGACUGGGCUCUGGAUCGUUUCCGCACCAUGAUCAACGUGCUGGGUGAUGCUCUGGCCGCAGGGAUCAUGGCCCAUAUCUGCCGGAAGGACUUCGUUCGGGACACGGGCACCGAGAAACUGCUGCCCUUUGAGACCAAGCCAGUGAGCCUCCAGGAGAUCGUGGCGACCCAGCGCAAUGGUUGUGUGAAGAGCGUGGCAGAGGCCUCGGAGCUGACUUUGGGCCCCGCCUGCCCCCACCAUGUCCCCAUUCAGGUGGAGCAGGAUGAGGAGCCAGCCACUACCAGUCUGGACCACUGCACCAUUGAGAUCAGCGAGCUUGAGACCAAUGUCUGAGCCUGUGGGUCUGCAGGGGCCAGGGGAGGCCUCCAGGGUUAGGGGAUUGAUCUCAGUUGCCAACAUUUCCUGAGCAGACGAUGGGGGGGCCAGGCUCACACUUUCUUGCACCCUUGAGAGGCUAGAAUCAGCCCCACCUGACAGAACACGGAGUCUCAGGGAGAUGAAAAGCUGCCUGCAGGAUACCCAGCCAUAGAGUGACGGGGCCCUCCACAGCCCACCCGGAGCUGCAAUGGGAAGCUGCAGUUUCCACUGUGUUAGCCUGCAGGGUACAGGCAGGGCUUAUUCUCCCCACUUUCUGGGUGAUGGAGCAGAGGCUCCAAGAGCUGGAAACACUUGUCUGAGAUCUGGGAGCAGGAAAUGUCAGGGCCAGGACUCAAGUCUUUCACACCCAGGCUACUCCCUCCAGAAAGACAGGGCACUUUUGGGGUCAAGAGAGGCUCUGCCCCUCUCUAGGAGCCCCCACAUCCACCACUGCUCUCACUUGAUUAAAGCAUAAUCACAGUGGCCUGGUUUCUGCCCCAGCUGGGUCCCACCCAGGCCGGGCCCCCCCAUCAUGUGGCCUCAGCCAAAUAGCUCUCCCCCAGGACGGGCCUUCCACGUGCCACAGUCCACGUGGGCUCUUGCAGUGCUCAUCCUAUGUGGAGACAGAGACGCCUUCACUAAAGGGCCCUUAGAAACAUCCAGGCCAGCCUCCCACUGGACAGGUGGGCAAGCUGGGACCCGGCGGGGAGGCCUGGCCUGGGAUGCUGGGUCAAGCUGCCAGUGUGGCCCUGGGCUUGGCUCUCCUCAAAGCCUGGGUGGCAAGUCAGAGUUAGGCUUUCUAUUCCUUCCUGUGUUUGCAAAUUCAGUGGUCACUAAAUAAAGGUAUUUUGUUUCUAAAGUCUUGUGGGCUUUUAGUAGAGACCAUACUCUAGCCAGCAGUUCAGUACUGGCCAAUCUAGGCUGGCAGAGCGCAGACAGCCUGCUGGGGCAGACAGAGUUUGCACAGCCUGUCCAGGUGGCCAGAACACGAACAGGUUGUUCAUGUGGUCAGAGCGUGGACAGGUCUGUCUGGGCUAUUGGUGGGUGGACAAGCCUGUCCGGGAAGCCGGAGUGCAGAUGAGCCUGUCCAGACGGCCAGAGUGAGGACAGGCCUGUACCAACUGUCAUGUCCAGAGGGGCCAGGGUGCAAACAGGCCUGCCGGGGACCUGUCUCAGCAGUCACAUCAUGGCUGGGCCUUGUCCAGGUGGCCCAAGUGUGGACAGACCACUCUGGCCCAGGCCUGGGCUCUGCUCUGCAGGCAGGGCCCUGAGAUCAGUCCCCACAAGAGGAGCACAUUUCCUCAGCCAAUCUAGCUCCCGUUGGUAAACUCUUUUCUAUAGGGAGGAAAUGUGCCCGAGGACAUAUCCAGACUGUCCCUUCAUUCUCCUCACCCCUCAGGGCUCCUCCAGGAGGCUUUUAGGGGGCAUAGCCUUGGCCACGCAGCCUGCUCUGAUGGAUCUGGGGGAGAAGAUAUAGCAUUGGGGUCUGGAAGGGUCUAGCACCAUGGAGCCCAUGAAGACACUGAGGCCCAGGGAGGGGACGGGCCUCCCCAAGGUCACUCAGAGAGUCAGGAGAGCACCUGUCCCCAGCCUUCUACUCCUGAACUACAUCCAUUCUCCUCCCAGGGCUGUGGGGUGGCCAAGACUGUCAGGAGAAGCUGCUGACUGCUGUAGUGUGAGGGGCCCAGGAUCCUCCCUUACACCAUGGGGCUGGGGGCUGUCAGGGCCAUCCUUAGCACAUCCUUCCUUUGUUAAGGCCAGCUCACCUAGGAACGGUCAGAUGCCAAGCUAUGGGUCACUCCCACCUUCGUGUGGACUGGCUUAUUCGCCCCUUCCUAUGCCACAUCUCUUUGAGGCAGUCGAGUCUUUCCCACCACAAGGCAGGAAUCUGCUCCUUAUCAGGCUUGACAGGAGGCCCGCCAGCCUGUGCUUACACAACUCCAAUAGCGGAGAGUCACUACUUCCUGGGCAUCUCAAACCCCUGUGGGGCCACGCUGCCUGUCAGAGGCUCUUCCGUGCUCUGAGCUGUGUUCUGCCUCCCUGCAGCUCCUCCCCCAGACCCAGUGCUGCCCCUGUUGGGAUGGUGGGCACACUGGGCAUGUCUAUUACCUCUUCACUAGGCAGCCCUCUGGAGACCUGGGCCCCCAAGUCAGCUCUGCUCCAACUCCCAGGCCUGCCUCUGGUCCCCUUCCCACACCAGCCAUCCCCUAUGGGACAGACCCAUCGGAAAUGCCCCCCUCAGUGCAGAGCUGACCCUCCAGGUGGGGCCUGAGCUGCCCAAAGCCGGGCAGGUCAUUUGCUUGGACACCCAGUUUCUGGGGGAUGCAGUGUGAGCUCACAGACACGCUGUGGGGGUCCCGUCCCCGCCCUUCACCUGCUGAUUCCCUCUGAGCCGGUGGUCCACACACACCUCCAGACCUCCUCCUUACCUGCAACUAAGCCCUGUGCCACUGGAUCUCUGCCUGUGCAACUGCUUUUUGGGCCCCAGAACAGAACUCUGCACCAUUUCUGCUUGUCUGGACAGGGAGCCAAGGUGCUUGUCUCCUCCCCAGCCCGCCCCGUGCAGCCCAGCACCUGGCAGGAAGCAUGCACAGACAUUGCCACAGGCUGCAGGGACAGGGAUAAUGCUUUUAUAUUAGUUUUUCUGUAAUAAGAAAAAUCAGCUUUGAUAUUUUUAUCAUUUUUUUCUUAAAAAAAAGAAUAAAAAACAAAGGUACCCAAAACUUUCCCAUAG